AUGGAUUAUUCAAGCACAGCCGGUUCCAACACGGCCGCCACGAGGGCGGAAAGGUUCGAGGAUGAGAAACGUCGAAUCAUUGACAGCUGUUUCAACAAAAAGGAUACAGAUGGCUUGCUCCAUGAAACUUAUAUUACCCAUAUUCGCGUCACCGAGUUCUCCUCACAUUCGUCGAUGCCGCCUCCUCCUGAAGCUCGGGGUCAGAAUACGGAGAAGCCUAGGAUUAUUGUUGUGGCGGUACGAAAGUCUGGAAGAGUUCGAGUCCACAAAGCCAAGGAGAACAAUAGUGGAUCUUUCUCAAUCGGCAAGACAUGGAACCUAGACGAUCUCUCACACAUCGAAUCCUAUACGGGGCCCAAGGUAAGCCCAAAUCUGCGAGAAUGGGCUGGAGAGACGGGCUUCCUCGUUACAUUGGGGAAGCCAUAUUUUUGGCAAGCUCAAACCGAAAAGGAGAAGAAGUUUUUCAUUGCAAGUUUGAUAAAAAUCUAUGGCAAAUAUACAGGAGGCAAAUUACCCGAGCUAUCAGGGUUCGACGCGAGGGAAUUGGACCAAAUUCUAGGGGCAGGCAAACGCCCUACCGGAACUCCGCCUCGGCAGCAAACGAUUGAUCCAGCAACCAGCCAGCAAACUAUCGCGACAUCCUCAGCCGCCCUUAAAAGUAGCCUUGGAGAGGCCCCGCGAUAUCCCAGGCCCUCCCCUCUUGUCCGGCCUUCGGCAAAUGAAAAUAGGUCUCCUGCUGGAAGUUUCGACUCUACUGCAUCCAGAGAACGAUCCGUUCCUCGAUGGACAGCCCAAAACAACAAAAGCCAAGAUUCUAUUGCCAACUCUACUGCAACAAAAGGCGAUGAUACGUCGAGCAUCCCACCGCGCUCGCGCAGCGGCAUGAGUGGACCGAGUGGCCUAAGUGGACUGAGCGAACCUCGAGAUGUUCCCGAUUCAACUCACGAUUCUAUACCUGCUAUGCCUCGCCCAUCCCUGGAAAGCAAACUACCACCCGAAAGAAGACGACCCCCUAUGGAUCCUUCAAGACCCCAGGAUAGGGAUUUGGUCCCUGCCCCCUUGAUGAGCUCACCAGCUAGAAAGGAACCGGUGGCACCUCCGCCACGGAGUAUCGAUCGGGUUGCCUCUCCAGCAAUUCCAUCAGUGUUACAACCAGGCAUAGCUUUUGCUGGCAGAACUAGCCAAGACGGAAGCCCACCACGUCUCACGGAGCCCCUGGAGGAUGUGGGGAGAAAACCAGGGAGCAUCAGUAUCAACAGCGACUUGAAAGAUCUAUCCACUACCCCACCAGUGGACACAAAUCUACCGGAUCAAUCAGGAACAAAGGACGCGACAAACCUUGAAAAACAGUUAACCUCGCCAGAUGAGGAAACUCGUCCCGGUUUAGGCCCUAUGAUAAAGUCUAAGAUAUCCAAAGGGGAUGUUGCCGGUGCAUUUUGGAAAGCUGCAUCUGCCGCAAACGCUUUUCGUCCACGGCCGGGAGGAGCCGGAGAACGCCUCCGCCAAAACCAAGUGAAAGCAAACGAGGGUCCAGAUGGCAUUACAAGCGUUGUCCCAGCACCGCCUAGACCUGUCUCUCGCGAUGCAAAUCCUCCCACCAUUGAAACACCAAAGCCAACCAUCAGUGACUUGACAAUACCAGAGGUCAAAAUAUUGGUGGCCGAGUCAAAUACCCCUGGAAAUGCACCAACGCCAACCAAAGAAGUUAGUGAGACCGAGAAGGACGCAGCAGUUUCAAAAGAAGCCUCUCGCCGGCCCGUAGUCAUCGGACAGGAUGCUAGGUAUCUUCAGAGGUUGGGUGUUGACCCCAUUAUCCUUGAUGAUCGCAGCGAAGAAUUUGGCAAAUGGCUGGACUUCUUUGGCUGGGUUCCUGGCGAUCAGAUGCACUGCUUAAAUAUGGACGAUAUAGGUAAUGACCUGGAGCGAGAAUUAAACACAGUCCAAGCGGGGGGGUGGCUAGCACGCUUUCGAGAAGAGGAUGAGAGGGUAAAUACGAUCAAACGAGGAAUCGAUCUUGCUAUGGGCGAAUGCGAAGAGCUGGAUAAUUUACUCACGUUAUAUUCAGUGGAGCUCUCGACCCUCUCAGACGACAUUGCGUAUAUUGAAGCCCAAGGCCAAGGCCUCCAGGUACAAACGGCCAACCAAAAAUUGCUAAGGAAGGAACUGGAGUCAUUGCUAGAAACAUGCGCCAUUACUUCGACCGAUCUCCAGGCACUUCAACAGGCUCCCUUGGACAGUCUUCGAGGCUUGGAAGAAGUUGAACUCUCCCUUGUGACUCUCUUUAGAGCCAUGAUAAAGAUUGAUCCCUCUCUUGGAGGCGACGACACCGGAAAGUCUAUAGACACUGCUCUGGACGCUGACAAUACCUUGGGGCUUAACAGCAAUUACGGCAAGAUGAGAAUUGUACAAGAGAAGAGAGAAAUGUACCUGCACGAAAGCAGGUACUUCAUGAAACGACUACUGGACUUCAUGACCGGCCAGUUUGCCGAAGCUUAUGUCGAAACCAAGCGAGCAUUAGAUGGUGCUCUUUCGAAAAAAGUUGAUCCUGCACAUCACAGCAUUGGCAGAGAUCUUCUGUGGAAGUAUAGCCCCUUAAUGCUCUACGCGAGAGAUGCGGAUCUGGAAAACUGGAAUCGCCUCAUGCAAAUAUAUCAAGACAAGAGCUCUCCCGUGUAUAAGCACGAAUUUCAGCAUGUGAUCACUCUUUGGCGUAAAAAUGCGAGGAAAUUAACAGGAGAUGAAGCAGAGGUGAUUUUCUCAUCUCAAGUUGAAAAACAGCAGGAGGGUGUGGCUACAGCGGCCAGGAAGUUAACCGUCAAACGUAGCCAAACGUUAGCUAAGGCUCUACGCUCGCCAUUGGCAGAUGGUGGUACCAGAGCGCACGUUGAAAGGAACACUACGGAUAACAGAAGCCUGCCGUACGAAAUCUUCUCUGAGGCCUUGGAAGAUCUUUUGCCUCUAGUUGAGAUGGAACAAAACUUUAUCAUCGAUUUCUUCCAUGCGACUACGCUGGAACAAGCAGAUUUCCCAGAGGCAGUUGCAGCAUCUCCCCCUCGAGACCGCCGUGGAGGCGACUUGAAACGUCAUAGGCUCAUGGAACCUGACCGAGAACUUGCUCGCCGUGUUACGCGGUCCAUGGAGGCCAUUUUUGCAUUCCUCGAGGCUGAGUUGCGAAGGCUGAUGGAGUGGGCAAUCGCUCAAGAUCCACUUCAAGGAGUUGGAGUGCUCGCUACACUUGAGAGAAAAUUAUCCGAAAUGGGGCAAUCUAACCAAGACUUCUUAAAUGCCCUUCUCCAGAAGCUGCAUGCAUCAUUGGAGGGGCAAUUCAGAAAGUUUGUUGACGAACAGAUACGAGCCAUCGAGGAAACCAAGGUUAAAAUUAAGAAGCGCAAGGGUGUCAUAUCAUUCAUACGAAUAUUUCCCGCUUUUAUGGCCGCCGUCGAAAACAUGGUCGCUGGACUGGACCAUAACCUAAUCUUGCGGCGGACGGUAAAUCGGGAGUACGAUCGCAUUUUGAAGACAAUGUUCGAAUCACUAAUGGUGAUUGCGCGUGAGCACCCGGCUGUUGUCGGGGUUGCCGGCGGAGCGGCUGAUCCAGAGGACAAGGAGGCGCUGAAUUUUCACAUUUUGUUGAUCGAGAACAUGAACCACUUCCUCGAAGAGACUGAUGCUCGCGGCCUAGAGGUUCUUGAGAACUGGAAAGCACAAGCAAAUACCGAAUAUCAUGAGCAUAUGGCGCUCUAUCUAAAUGCGGUGAUGCGGCGACCCCUGGGGCGACUUCUAGAGCAGAUUGAGAAUAUCGAAGCGCAGCUGCAAACCGGCAAGUCCGCAAUGGCAAUCGCUCGACAGCCUUCAAACAAUAAGACGGCAUUCAAUAAAGUGCUGGGCUCUUAUGAUGCGAAGGAAGUACGAAAGGGAAUUGAAACUCUGCGGAAACGCGUGGAAAAGCAUUUCGGCGAUGCUGACGAUCCAACCCUCAGCCGGGGCCUGGUCGUCAGGGUGCUUAAAGAAUGCGAAGAGUUCUACACCGAGGUUGAAGGCAGGAUAGGCAGGAUUAUCACAGAUGUCUACGGCGGGGAGGUAUUCUUUGAAUGGCCUAGGGUAGAGGUGAAGGCUGCCUUCAGGUAA